GCUGGAAAAUGCUACGUCUGUAUCUUUCUCUGCUUAUUUGGUCAUUGUCUGAGGUUUCUCCAGUUUAUUCAGAGGUGGUAGCCCCUACUUCUCUGUGCCAACCAUCAUGGCUUCUUUUUGGAGAGAGGUGUUAUGCUUUCUUCCCCGUGUGGAGCUCCUGGAGCACUGCUAGAACUUUGUGCUCUCAGACUGGUGGGACCCUCAUGCUGCUCAACACACCAGAGGAAAAGAAAAUUAUCAAUCAGCUGACAAACACCAGCACACCUGUGUGGCUGGGUGGAUACAAGAAUGACUCUCAGCUCUGGAGCAACGACGACAACUGGACCGACCAGGCUGACGGAAAGACCAACGGGUGCAGGGCCUGUAUGCAAAUGACACCAAAAACUGGAGAGCUGCUGAGCGCCCCCUGUGGAGAACUUAUGUUCUACAUCUGCACCUCUUCACCAAGGUUUAACUCGCCUGACCUGAAAAACCCCAGGAUGCUCCAACCGGAGAUUGUCCCCGGAGUGCUUCUGUUUGACCUCAUGUGGGAUUCCAGCUCUGUUGAAGCUGAGGGGAUUUUUCACUCCUCCUCGCUGCUCAGAGGAUUGAUGUCUGGAAAUGUGACUGAACGCUGCUAUACCACAUUCAUCCAGCAGGAGGAGCUCUACCUGCACAGAGUUGCAAGCACCCUUGAGGUCCUGAUCAAUGGUCUUCAUGAAGACAAUGAUAUAAGGUCACUGCUGCUGGACAUACUAAGACAGUACAGGAGAAGAAAUCAGGGCCUCCAGCCUUCUUCUCCUCCCCCACAGUGGCUGCAGUGGCCCCUGCAGUCGUUCCACCGGGUGGUUCUGGAGGAGCCUGUGUACUGGCUCGUGGCUUUGUCUGCCCGGGCCUGCCUCCAGAACUUCUUGGUUAAGAGGCUGCAUCAGGAGCUCGGGACGCAGCCUCCAAGCUUAAGACAGAACCACUUCUACCAGCAAUGGAUGACAGAGAACAUGAAUUUUGUUUGGGUAAAGCGGUACAGCGAGCUGAUCAAGGCGUAUCAAGAUCAGAUGGACCCCUACAAGGCGAUCAACAUCUUCAGAGAGCACAUGAUGAAUCAGAAGAGCCUCCAUAAAGCUCUGAACUGUGAGGAUGAAAGAGAUGAAGAAGUCCACAGCAGCACUUAUGUUUUGUAGAUGCAUACUUUCAAUACCUCAUCCUUAUUAAGACUAUCUAAGAGAUAAAAAUAGAUUUUGUUUUUGUGGGAUUGAAAAAAAACCAACUUUAAAACACUUUGGGAAAAUCAUAACUGCUAUAGUAAAGUCUUAGAAGAGACACUAAAUACUGCAGUCAGCUUAGCAGGAAGUUACCACUAUAAUGAAAGCAGUUUACUGCAGUUUACCACCACAGAGGUCCUGGACUUUUGGACUAUUUACAGGGAUAUUGUGUGUUUUUUAUCUUGAAUAUUUAAAUGUGAAGUACAUCCAUGUCAGUUUUUUUUAUUUUUUAUCAUGUUUGUAUGAAGGCUGUGCACAGGUUUCUUGGUGAUGCUACCUUAUGUUAUUUAAAUAAAGUCUUGUUCCCUCUUCUUCUACCACAUGAAUUAUGUUAAAAUCUAAGUUCUAGAAUUCAUUUAGUUGGUGUCUAAGAAAAGAUGUCUUGCAAGCCUUUAAAGAAAAGUGUAAGUUACACAUUCUUUCUUCUAUUUUUCUGGAUACGUUUUGCAGUACUUUAGAAAUUAUUCACUCUGUCUCCCUCUGCUGUCUGAAACUGGGAACUGCAGUCACCCAGCCGUACAUACAUGUACUAAACAGAGCAGGGGUCUAAACCUUUAAAAUACAAAGUUUUUCUCUGGGUUCAGCUGAGUAAAAAUUAAGAGCCCCAAAUCUUUUAUAGCACUAUAAUGAAACAAAGUUUUAUUUUUUUAAAUAUCUGAAAUCUGUUGCCAUUUCAAACAAGCAAAAGUGUAUUUGUAUUUCUAGAUUUUAUAAUGAGGAAAAGCAUAAAAUGUGUCAUAAAUAUGAAGCAUGGAUAUUAUUUGAUUAAAACAUCCUCACAA